UUUAUUCAGUGUUUCACUCUUAGCCUUUCUCGAUGUCAGUUGAUCAUUGCAGUACUGCUAGUCUGACUGAGUGCUGACUGUUUCUAAUAAUACCAGCCUGACUAGUCUGGUAUUUAUCUAGUACUUAUUUGCUUUGCAAUGUUUUAUUCAGUUGAUCACUGCAGUACUACUAGUCUGACUAUUCUACUACUUACUGCUUUGCAAUGUUUAUUCAGUGUUUCACUUUCAACCUUCCUCGAUGUCAGUUAAUCAUUGCAGUCCUUUGGUUAAUUUAACCAAUACUAGGCUAACUGCGGACUGGAAUAGUGCUCACUGUUUUGUAAUGGUUUUUGUAUGUUCUCUUUCAAUCUUCACCAAGCUCUGUCAAUUUGUCAUUGCAGAGUUUGUAGCUAUCUGAGUUUUUAGAUUUGCUUCUAAUGCAGCGAUACUACCCAGUUCCUUCUUCUCUAGAAUGUUUAAGUUAUUCGUUUCUUCACUUUUAAUCUUGCCAGGUGAACUUUACUCAGCGUCUAGUUUCACCUUGGCCAUUUCAACUUUUAACUAACUAUUGCUACUAAUUAUAGCCUGACGGUUCUAGUGGUUGUUGCUUUUUUAUUCUGCGGUUCUCUUUCAGCAUUCCUGAUGGGUGGCACCCGUUUGAACUCUGCAUGAGAUAAUUGGCUGCCCGGAUCAUAUCAAACCGCACCGCACUCGAUAUCAAUUUCAAAGUGUUAGAUAUCCUUAUUACGGUGAAUCUUUUUCCUAAAUUGCCUUCCUAAGUCAAGGGUCGCGAUUUUUCAUCUAGAAAGCCCUCAAAACUCUCAAUAAUCUCAAAGUAUGAAAAAAAGUUCAGUUAAGGCGCAUAGUGAUAGUGAUCCCGUUUAGCGACUUUGAACACACCUCUCAAGAGCUCAUUUGCAUAAAAUGCGCUUAAGACAGAUAUUCAACUGUAUACCUUGCAGUUUAUACCUACUAAGAAUUCAAGCUCUUUUUACAAAAUUACAUCGAGGAACGUUACAUUGGGUGGAUGGUCUUUGGAUUUCCUCUGUCGGUUUCCGAAGGAAAUUAGCUCUGGCCGUCGAUUAUGCGAUUAAUUCUGCUCUAGCCAGAUAAAUCUACGCGAUUCGAGAGCCUGGAAUCUGUCUUUUAAAAACAAAAAGCUUUAUUUACACAGGCGAGCAAUCUGGGGGUCUUUGAAGAUAUUGAGUGAAGGAUUACGUCCGUGUACGGAAAUUUAUAUCAAUGCGGGUGGGUUUUGCUCGAGCGUAUAUAUAACACUUGGGAUAUCACUGUUCAACUAGACAUCGUUGCUUCUGUUGCAAGGGACAUUCACUCCGAGAGUAGCCUUGGCUUGUCAAACCAGAGAGUAUCAACAAAACCUAGGAACAGAAAUUGUCCAAAGCCUGAGCAUUCUUUUAUUCCGGCUUUGAAAUAAAAAAAAUUCGAGCCACCUCGAAAAGUCAACACAUUUCCAAGCCGAGAACUCGAAGAGACUUCAAGCUUCAAUCAUGAACAUCGCAAGUUUGUUUCUGCUGAUUUUUGCAUUCUGUGAAAAAGCGUGUGAAGGAACUCCCGUUCGAAGAAAAGCGUUUCUACAGCAGUUCCCGACCUUCAUGCAAGACCUGUAUCAAAGGUAUAUGGCUGGGCGCAAUCCUUUUUCCAGUAUCGUGCACAGCAACGCAGCCAUUGCUGUGAAAAGCUCUGACAUUGCCUUCGAAGCCACAUUCGACCACUUGGGCUUUUUACAACAUGAAAACCUAAAGCGUGCCAGGCUACGAUUGAAUAUCUCCCAACAAAACCACUGCAGUAUGCCAGUGUUGAAUGUUCGAGUCUUGGGUCAUAAAUCAGGCCAAGUCUUUGGAAACUAUGUCAUGUCACCACAAAGCUCAGGUGUGAACACUCUUAACCUGACAAAUUCUAUUCGAAAACUCGCUACAGGGACGAAUCCAAAUGAAAAAUUAAAAGUUAGAAUCACGUUGCGUAAUCCAAGCACUCGGAAAGGCCUGUGCUCUAACGUUUUGACCAAUCUCGUCAGAGAAACGUACUUGGUAACGAACACCGACGAACCCAAUACGAGAAAAAGGCGAGCGACCGAAGGUAUCUCGAAGUUGUUCCCACGGGAUGCCGUAGCCGUCCGACGUGCCGACGAUGUUUCGAAGUUCCACGGUCGCUCGAAGCGGCGUGCACCGACGUGUAAACUACAUCAAGUCACUGUUAAUUUAACAGGCAUGAACAAUAGCGUGUUUAUUCUUCCCACCUCGUUCAAAACGGGCAUUUGCGGGCUACAGCAGCCGGUCCCGUUGGGCUCCGACCCGAUGAUGCGGCAACUUGCUCAGGCAGUUGCGACUGCGAUCCAAAGCGUCGCCCCAAGUCAAAAUUCGCGUUGUUGUCGGCCGUCGAAAUUUCGAAAACUGACAGUUCUGUACUUUGAUAGCAUGCAGCAUACGGUGCUACGUCACGUGGACAAUGUUAAAGUGAAGAAAUGCGCGUGCGCAAACCGCUCGUAAACUGUUUAUAUUAUCUACUUUUAUUGUUCGAGGCCGAUUUAAAAAAUCCACUCCAGAGCAAUAUAUUAUAAUCAUCAUAUACUAAGUUACUAACUAUAUAAUCCGAUGUGAAUCAUAUUAUUGUAGUAUCCAUUGUCACGCGAUGAAAUACAGCCAAUGAGCUCUCUAUCUAUACCUGGAUUGAUUAUUCACGAAUGUCCAGAAAUAUUAGUUUUCAAAAUCUAUGAAACCGUUUUCAUGCUUGCUCUUUUUCAUUCCAAGGAAUUAUAUCCAUCUUUAUGGCACUAACUUUAGCGCGAGAACGAAGCUAUUGAGUCCAGUUCAGGUUUCAGGUAUGGAGCUCAGUGUUAGAAUAAUACCUCAAAAUGAGUUUAUAUAAGUCUAGCCUAUGUCGGGGCGCUGAAUUACAUUUUUGUGUUGUAAAUUAGUACUGAUUUACACGUAUAUAAAUAUUUACUGUUUCAAAUUCCUUUGCCCCAUUGCGCAGGGCAAACGUCUUCGCCCAUUAAUAAUAUAUUUCGAAGACAAAUGGACUCGUGAUGUUUAUUAUAGAAGCUAUUCUAUCUUUACGUGUAUUUAAAUAGUUCACUAUAUGAACUGUAUGAACUCAAAGUUUUUGAUAGUUUUGUCAACUAUAUGAAAUUUAGAAUACUCUG